GUGGGGGCGGACGCUGUUGGAGAUGGUCUCUUUCGCCUGCCGAAGUGGAGGGCAGCGCAGUGCGCGCUUUCUUUCUCUUGGGCUUGUCAGUUGGAGUUCUGACCGUGCGUUGUAGUGCACGCACCGCACCGCCCGCAAUUGCCAAAGCAAGCCCACCCAAAACAAGCGGGUGCAGCGAAGCCGGCCUCUUUCUCGGCGAAGGAGCUGAGGUGCAGGCUGCACCAUGGCGGUUGAAGAAGAGGGGCUCCGGGUGUUUCAGAGCGUCAGGAUUAAAAUAGGAGAAGCAAAAAAUCUUCCUACAUAUCCAGGGCCAAAUAAAAUGAGGGAUUGCUACUGUACUGUAAACCUGGACCAGGAAGAGGUUUUCAGGACCAAAAUAGUGGAGAAAUCACUAUGCCCCUUUUACGGAGAAGACUUCUACUGUGAAAUUCCACGGAGUUUUCGUCAUCUGUCAUUUUACAUUUUUGAUAGAGAUGUUUUUCGCAGGGAUUCAAUCAUUGGAAAAGUAGCAAUAUUGAAGGAAGAUUUGCAAAAGUACCAUAACAGAGACACCUGGUUUCAGCUGCAACAUGUUGAUGCUGAUUCAGAAGUACAGGGAAAGGUCCAUUUAGAGUUGAGGCUGAGUGAAGUCAUAACAGACACUGGUGUCAUUUGCCAUAAGCUUGCUACACGAGUUCUUGAAUGCCAAGGCUUACCAAUUGUGAACGGACAGUGUGAUCCUUAUGCAACAGUUACCUUAGCAGGACCAUACAGAUCAGAAGCCAAAAAGACUAAAGUUAAAAAGAAGACCAACAAUCCACAAUUUGAUGAAGUGUUUUAUUUUGAGGUUACCAGACCCUGCAGCUAUAACAAGAAAUCUCAUUUUGAUAUUGAAGAUGCUGAUGAAGUUGACAAGAUGGAAAUCAGAGUUGACCUUUGGAAUGCAAGCAACUUGAAGUUUGGAGAUGAGUUUCUCGGGGAACUAAGGCUACCUCUACAAUUUCUCCGGCAGUCCAGUUCCUAUGAAGCAUGGUAUUUUCUGCAGCCCAGAGAUAAUGGCAACAAGUCACUGAAACCUGAUGACCUGGGUUCCUUGAGGUUAAAUGUAGUUUACACAGAAGACCACGUUUUUCCUUCAGACUAUUACAGUCCUCUUAGAGACCUCUUAUUAAAAUCUGCAGAUGUUGAGCCUGUUUCAGCAUCUACUGCCCAUAUCCUGGGUGAAGUCUGCAGGGAAAAGCAGGAGGCAGCCAUCCCUCUUGUUCGACUCUUCUUACACUAUGGCAAAAUUGUGCCUUUCAUUAGUGCAAUUGCCAAUGCUGAAGUAAAAAGAACCCAAGAUCCAAACACCAUUUUCAGAGGAAACUCAUUAACUUCCAAGUGCAUUGAUGAAACCAUGAAACUGGCAGGAAUGCAUUAUCUUCAAGUUACUCUAAAGCCAAUUAUUGAUGAGAUCUGCCAACUUCAUAAACCUUGUGAAAUUGAUCCUGUGAAAUUGAAAGAUGCUGAAAAUUUGGAAAAUAACCGGGAAAAUCUUAGACAGUAUGUAGAUCGGAUUUUCACAGUCAUUACAAAAUCUGGGGUCAGUUGUCCUACAGUGAUGUGUGAUAUCUUUUUUUCACUGAGGGAAUCAGCUGCCAUACGUUUCCAAGAUGAUCCAGACGUUAGGUAUACAGCAGUAAGCAGCUUUAUUUUUCUCAGAUUCUUUGCACCUGCAAUUCUUUCUCCAAAUCUCUUCCAUCUUACACCACAUCACCCAGAUCCACAAACCUCAAGAACUUUGACGCUCAUUUCCAAGACUAUACAAACAUUAGGCAGCUUAUCAAAAUCUAAGUCUGCCAGUUUCAAGGAAUCUUAUAUGGCUACAUUUUAUGACUAUUUUAAUGAGCAGAAAUACGCAGAUGCAGUCAAAAAUUUCUUAGAUUUGAUUUCAUCCUCUGGAAGAAGAGAUCACAAGAGUAUAGAGCAGGCAAUACUACUUAAAGAAGGGUUCAUGAUCAAAAGGGCACAAGGUAGGAAACGAUUUGGUAUGAAGAACUUUAAGAAGAGAUGGUUUCGACUCACCAACCAUGAAUUUACCUAUCAGAAAAGCAAAGGUGACCAUCCACUGUGCAGCAUUCCAAUUGAAAACAUUCUGGCAGUAGAAAAAUUGGAAGAGGAGUCCUUCAAAAUGAAAAAUAUGUUCCAAGUGAUUCAGCCUGAAAGAGUUUUGUACAUCCAGGCAAAUAAUUGUGUUGAGGCCAAGGACUGGAUUGAUAUCCUCACCAAAGUUAGCCAAUGUAACAAGAAGCGUCUCACUGUCUACCAUCCUUCUGCAUACCUUAAUGGGCACUGGCUGUGCUGUAAAGCUACAGCAGAUAAUACUCCUGGCUGUACUCCCUGCACUGGGGGCCUCCCAGCAAAUAUACAAUUAGACAUAGAUGGAGACAGAGAAACUGAACGCAUCUAUUCCCUUUUCAAUUUGUAUAUGGUAAAACUGGAGAAAAUGCAAGAGGCUUGUGGCAGCAAAUCAGUGUAUGAUGGACCAGAGCAAGAAGAGUAUUCUACCUUUGUCAUUGAUGACCCUCAGGAGACCUACAAGACACUAAAACAGAUUGCAGCAAAUGUUAAAACCUUAGAGCAGGAACAUGCCCAAUACAAGAGGGAUAAAUUCAAGAAGACAAAAUAUGGAAGCCAGGAACAUCCCAUUGGUGACAAGAGCUUCCAGAGUUACAUCAGACAGCAAUCAGAAAUCUCCUCACAUUCCAUUUGAUGUUUGAAGGAAGUUGCAAGGUGAUGCUAUUAAAGGGUCAAAAUGAGAGAAAGACAAAGAAUGAACGAACCAGGGAAACUACCAGUAGCAAGAUGUACCUACUAAACAUCAAGCUUGCAGAGGCUCGCUAAGUGGUUCUCUCUCUCUCUCUCCAAGAACUGUUACAAUAGUUACUAUGCACUUUAUUCAUCUGAUAUUAACAGAUGAAGGAACUCUGUUGUGUUUAAUUUUUUUUUUAAGUAUUACUCUGGUUUCUUGGAAUCUAGUGAUCAGUUCAAUGAUCAAGGUGUGUGGACUUCGUAUUGACAGCUUCCACAAUCCUUUACAUGGCUGUUUUUUAGAUUUCUUACUUUUGGUUGCUGACUACUUUUGUGCUGUGGCACACAGCAAUUAGGGAAUGCUUUGCAGCACUUGCUUUUUUAUGGCUAAGUUUAAAAUGUAAGUGGAGAUUUUCCUUUUUGAUGUAGUCUCCCUACAAGCAGGUUGAAGAGCAGGGUAUUUUGGCGUUUGCAUCAGCAGUGUAACAUUUGGUUAACAGCUAGCUUUUUAAGGGAAAUUCUAAUAUUUAAAUGGUACUGUUUGAUAUUUUUGAGAUACAAAGUCGUUUCCACCAAGGCAUUCAGUCAAUUUCUAUUUUUGCUAUAAAGUGGUGCCAGAAAUCAGAAUAAUGCAAAUUAAAUCAAAGUGUAAAUAGUACAAGAAUGCAUGGAGACUGGUCCCAGAAAGGUUGGCUUGCAUUUCUGAAUUCCUGGUUUCCUCCUGUUCUCAAGGGCCACUUCAAAUGCAACACUUUUCUACAUCAGUAAUAUUUCCAUGUAGGAAAAAAGUGUUUGUGCCACAAGCAGUUUGCCAUGUGUGAUGAGAGCACAUGUUCCUAUUUGACUGUGUGCACAGACAGAAAGCAGAGUUAAAAUCAGUAGGUGAAAGUGGACUUUGCUGUGUAGCACUAUAGUCCUAAAUAGUACUGAACCUCACCAGGUUCUUCCUCAGGGAAAUGUGAAAAAAUCUAGAAACUGCUGUAUUCCCUCAUAAUAACUUUACUAGAGAGAUUGAUUGCUGCAAACUAAAUACCAAUGCAUUUCAGACAGAGAAAAGGAUGCAAGUGAAGUAUGCUGCAUGCUGAUUCUCUACACAUGGUUUGCACACCCUACACAGAUGUAUUAUCCAUGUAGGAAAACAUUCCGUAUGAAGCAGGCUGAAGAGGGACAGAACUGUAACUUAAGAGUAGCUUGUUAUAAUUAGGAAAUAGUGCUGCCUUAAUUUUGCCAGGAGAAGAGUGUUGUGAGGAAGGGCAUACAAAGUCCCUGACAAAAAGUUGUGAAGACUUUUUGUACUGAAUGAUGUUUAAAACUGAAGUUCAUGUUCUCCUAGCACUACUGGAUUGUUUGGGAUGAGAGUUGUAGUUUUUACAAAAGUGUUUUAAGAAUAGAGAAUGUUUUGUUUUUGUUUUUUACAUUUUGCAUUGAUACACAACUGUACUUUGUAAUAUGUUAUGAGUGUAGAUGAAGUGGAAUCAGCUAUGAACCUCAUAAAUAGAAAUAAAUGUUGUUCAGGAGCAGGAAUGAAGGUGAUGUGUGUUUAUGUAUGUGAUAUAUGUAUGUAUGCAGUCACUUAGAUCCAGGCUUAAGUUAGGCACACUUGGGUGCCAUUGAAAUCAAUGUGAAAAAUUAGUCUUGACUAUCUUGUCCCUGAAUUUCAAUGGGCCUAAGUAUAAUGACCAGUCUGGCUCCAACCCUCUUUGUGAGUGUGUGUGUGUAUACAUAUAUACACACACACACAAACAGUAUAUUGCUGUUUAGUCAUGUUAUAGCCUCCCUGAAAGUCAGUGCAUGUUGGGCUUUGAUGAAAGCCUACAUAAUGUAAUAGAAGUUAAUAGAUGUGGGGGUGUUUUGGACCAUAAUUAAUGAACUUUCAGCUUGAUGUGAAGAUGCCAUACGUCUGCAUAAUAGUAAGUCUUUAAUGUCCUCCAGGCAUUUGGAGCAUAAAAGAAAUAUUAAAAGUAUCUGCAAUCCAGCCCCACAGUGCUCAAAUCCAAUUAAAAAAAAAAGAAAACAAUGAGGACUUUUAUGCAGCCUGUUUCUUAGUGGUUACAGAUUUUUCUUAGCAUUUGGGUAUAUUAGAAGUUUACAAGAAUUGAUAUCCUAUCAGUUGCCAAUAGGAAGGUUGGAAAAGAAAUAUCCUCUGUGCCGUGAACUGCAUUUGAAUGCCAGGUUUUUUUUAAAAAAAAAUGUAUUUGUAACUUAAUAGUCUUUUAAUUAAAUACUAAUGACCUGCAAUGUGUGUUCUAUUUGCCAAUUAAA